UGCGUGGCACACCUGCAAGGUAGCCGCGAUGGCGGCUUGAUGGGAUGGUGGUAGGAGGUCCUAGCGCCUCACAACCCCAGUCUCUCACGAAUGGCAGAGCCUGAUCGUGCCUUGCGAAAUUGUGCUGGCCUGAUUGGGUCUCUGCUGUGUAUUAAGAGCAUAGAUUGAGGCAUGGGUUCUUCGGAGGACAUUGCUGAGCCGCUUUUGCCACGGAGCGAGAGGGACCUUGAGGCAAGCGGAGCUGAUGCUGAGGUUGGACUGCAUGCAGUGGAGGUGCCCCCUUCCUUGACGAGCUUCCCAACAGGGCAUCAGAUAGCAGGGGAGUUGGGGCGCCAAUGGUCUUUGGCGCUGCCGGUGCUGAUCACUGUCUUCCUGCAGGUUCUUCUCACCACGCUCACGAGCAUCUUUGCGGGUCACAUCGGAGAAGAGGCGCUAGCAACAGCUUCUCUCGGGACUAGUGUUUAUGGGGCCACUGGCUUUUGGCUUCUCUCUGGGUUGGCGGGGGCGGUGGAUACACUAGCGGGGCAAGCGUUUGGGGCCAAGCAGUAUCGCAAGCUCGGGGAGAUUGUGCAAAGGGCCCUGCUUUUGAACACAGUGGCGUGUAUCCCCAUAGGGGUCCUCUGGUGGAACUCAGAGAGAGUCCUCUUGGCGCUGGGACAGGAAGCAGACAUUGCCGCCUCAACUGCGCGAUUCCUGGUUGGCCUGUUCCCCGGCCUGCUGGGCAGCGCUUGGCGGGUGCCCCUGGUGCGCUACCUCGCAGCGCAGCGGUUGGUGCAACCAGUGGCAGGGUGCGCAGCCAUCGCAGUCGUGGUGCAUCUGAUCGCAAACUAUGUGCUAGCGUUUCAGCUGGGAUACGGGCUGGCUGGGAUCUCCUACGCCUUUUCGGUUACCCAGGUGUUCUAUCUCGCGCUUCUUCUGGGGUACAUCCUGUGUUCCAAGGUCCGCGAGACCACGUGGACCAGCUGGUCCUGGAGGGCGACGUUCUCGGGCCUGGGCCUCCACCUGUCGCUGGCCAUCCCGUCGAUGGUGAUGGUGUGCCUCGAGAUGUGGUCCUAUGAGCUCUCGCUCUUCCUGGCGGGCCUGCUACCCAACCCCAAAGUACAGCUGUCCACCGUCAACAUCGCCCUCAACUUGAUGAUGCUAGCCUUCACCUUCGGCUCCGGUUGGAGUGUAGCCAUAUCCGUACGGGUGUCAAACGAGUUGGGUGCCAACUGUCCGGAGCGGGCUCGCCUGGCUGCGAUCGCUUCGCUAACCAUGGCUCUGCUGUCGGGAGCGACCGUGUCCUUAAUUCUAUUUCUGUCUAGAAAUGUCAUUGGGCGGCUCUUUACGGAUAGCAAAGCCAUCAUAGAUCUAACAGCCCAGCUUGUGCCUAUUCUGUGCGUUGCCGCGGCUGCUGACACCGUGCAGUUCACAAUGGCCGGUGUCCUUAGAGGGUCUGGAAAGCAGAAGAUAGGCGCAGUCUGUAACUUAUUCAGCUACUAUGUUGUUGGAAUUCCAGCAAUGGUGAUAUUAGCGUUCCAUUAUGAGCUUGGUGCGAAGGGGCUUUGGUUAGGAUUGACGCUUGCACUUUUGAGUUGCCUCUCCGUUUACUCCCUUUUGGCAAGCAGGCUAGAUUGGGAAGCGGAGGCAAGCAAAGCAAAGGCCAGGCUCGGAGUCUCAAGUAAGGAUGCUCAAGAACAGCUCGCUUAGCUUUCUAGCAUAGGGAUUGGUAGUAGGUAUAUCUCUGUACAGCCCAAAUGGAUGAUCCUGCGAUCCUUGUACAGUAGCAAAUUGUUGAGUUGCUGUCAGGCAUGCUCUGAUUUUCGAUUUGACCUAGCCCUGAUCUGAGUCCGUCGAGUACCCCCUAGCUCAAAACCCCCUUCCGAAUGCACUUUCCUUGGCCCCUUUUCUUUGAAACUGACGUAGGACAAGGAGCCUGACUGGCAUCCUUAUGUUUCGCAGGUUGAUUAUUAUGAG